AUGGAAGAGGAGAACCUAAAAGGCCCUGGAACGGACAAGAGAUUGAGGAAAAGUCCCCAUCCCAUCCAGGCAGUGAGUGAUGUUGAAUUUGAGGAAAGAGCUGUGCCAGAGAUCUUGGUGCAGGACACGGUGGCUACAGAUGUAUACAGCCGAUGCUUCCGGCAGUUCUGUUACCAUGAGGCUGAUGGGCCCCGAGAGUUUUGCAGCCAGCUCCAUGGACUGUGCAACCACUGGCUGAAGCCGCAGAGGAACACCAAGAAGCAGAUGCUGGACCUGGUGAUCCUGGAACAGUUCCUGGCUGCCUUGCCCCAGGAAAUGCAACGCUGGGUCAGAGGCUGCGAGCCAGAGACAAGUUCCCAGGCAGUGGCCCUGGCUGAAGGUUUCCUCCUGAGUCAGGCAGAGGAGAAGAGGCAGGCAGAGCAGAUGUGGGGACAAUCCAUGAAGAUGGAUGCAAAGUUCUCUGAGGCAGAAGGAGCUCUAUCAGAGGAAAGAAAGAAGGCACAGAUCCAGGAGCAUUCCCAAGAUGCCCUGUCAAGUGGCAGUGAAGAGAUGUUGUCAUGCCUUCGUCUUUGCAGAGCGGUGGAAAUAACUGUUCCACAUCUGGUCCAGUCACCAUUUUCCUUUGAGGAGGUGGCCGUGUAUUUCACUGAGGAUGAGUGGGCCCUACUGGAUCCAGACCAAAGAGCUCUCUACAGGGAUGUCAUGUUGGAGAACUCUGAGACUGUUACCUCUCUGGCAGGUGACAAUCAGAGGAAUGAGGAGGAAGAGGAACUACAACCUCAAUUGCCAGAGGAAGUGAAGAAUGAAGACUUGAGAGGAACCUUCAGCAAUCAAGGUGGACCUAAGUGGGAGAAAGGAAGCCAGAUGGACAGGAAGAGGGGUAAACCCAUUCCUUGCCAAGGGGAUGAUUUCCAAGAAGUAAUUCACAUGAUGAAGGGAACAUACAAGUGCUUGGUGUGUGGAAUGAACUUCUCAAAUCAAUCCCAGUAUAGGGUCCAUUUUCAAAUGCACAGUGGAAAGAUGAGCCCACAAUGGCUGCAGUCUAGAAAGACCAGAGCAGAGCUUUUUACAUAUCAAAGAACACAUCCAGGAGAGAAACUUUAUAGCUGCUCAGAGAGAGGCAAGAGAUUCUCAGAGAAAUCAGGCCUUGUUCAACACCAAAGGAUUUUCUCUGGAGAGAAGCUAUUUAUUAGCUCAGAGACUGGAAUGACAUUCUCUGAAGGAGGAAAAGGUAACUUGCAUUUUCCGAAGCACAGUAUAGUGAAUGCAUGGAAGUGCUUUAGGUGCAGAAAGUACUUCAGAUACAGAUCAGAGCUCCUUGUGCACCAAAGAAUCCAUACAGGGGAGAAGCCAUUUGAUUGCUCCGAGUGUGGGAAGAGAUUCCGUUGCAGUGACCAUCUUAAAAAUCAUCUGAGAACUCACACAGGGGAGAAGCCUUUUGAAUGCUUAGAGUGCGGGGGGCGAUUCAGUCAGAGUGGCACUCUUCAACUGCAUCUAAGAGCCCACACAGGAGAGAAGCCUUUUGAAUGUUCAUUGUGUUGGAAGAGGUUCAGUCGGAAUGACCAUCUUCAGAAUCAUCUAAGAAUCCACACAGGAGAGAAGCCUUUUGAAUGCUCAGAGUGUGGGAAGAGAUUUAGUCGGAAUGAUGCUCUUCAACAGCAUCUAAAAACCCACAUAGGGAAGAAGCCUUUUGAAUGCUCAGAGUAUGGGAAGAGAUUCAGUCGGUGGGACACUCUUCAACAGCAUCUAAGAACCCACAUCAGGGAGAGGCAUUUUGAAUGCUUAGAGUGUGGGAAGAGAUUCAGUCACAAUGGUGAUCUUCAAAAACAUCUCAGAACCCACACAGGGGAGAAGCCUUUUGAAUGCUUACAAUGUGGGAAGAGAUUUAGUGUGAAUGGCACUCUUAAACAGCAUCUAAGAACUCACACAGGGGAGAAGCCUUUUGAAUGUUCCGAGUGUGGGAAGAGAUUCAGUCACGGUGGCGAUCUUAAAAAACAUCUAAGAACUCACACAGGGGAGAAGCCUUUUGAAUGCUCAGAGUGUGGGAAGAGAUUCAGCCACAGUGGCCAUCUUCAACAGCAUCUAAGAACCCACACAGGGGAGAAGCCUUUUGAAUGCUCUGAGUGUGGAAAGAGAUUCUGUCAGAAUGGCGCUCUUCAAAAACAUCUAAGAACCCACACAGGAGAGAAGCCUUUUGAAUGCUCCAAGUGUGGAAAGAGAUUCAGUUGCAGUGACCAUCUUCAAAAACAUCUGAGAACCCACACAGGGGAGAAGCCUUUUGAAUGCUCCAAGUGUGGGAAGAGAUUCUGUCAGAGUGGCACUCUUCAAAGACAUGUAAGAACCCACACAGGGGAGAAGCCUUUUGCAUGCUCCGAGUGUGGGAAGAGAUUCUGUCAGAGUGGUGCUCUUCAAAAACAUCUAAGAACCCUGUUGUGCCCUGGGCCUAGGCCAUGAUGCCUAGAGCACCUGGGGAAGUCUACCUUGAAGUUACUAGGCCAAUGUCUUCCAGGAUCCCUUCUGUCCCUCUCAUUAGAUUGGCAGAAGUUUUGGAGGGAAAACUUGCCCAGUGUAGAACAGAAGUGUGGGUUCUGGGAGGAAAAAAUAAAAACAUCUGGCUGGAGAAGGAGAAUUCUCUUUGGAAACGCUGAGCUGGAGAGAGUUAUUUGGAAUCAGGAGGGAAUAUAUAGUUAGUUGCAUCAGGACUUUUAUCUUUCUAUAUGCCACCUUUGCUGUUUUUUCUUCUUUUUCACUACUUCUCCAAAAAAUUUUCAAUUCACUUGUUCGUUCUUGAGCACUAAAAUAAAUUUAUCGUUGUUAUACUG